UGUCUCGCAACCAUGGCUGGCAAAGGACUUUUACUCAAAGCAGAUCCCAUCGCCGCCGCGUUUCGGGAAGAAGUCAAAACUUCGCUAGCUGUCGCCCCUCGGAAACCACGUUUGGUCGGGAUUCUGGCAACAUCAUCCGCACCAAGUAAAUUCUAUGCAGACUUCACCAGGAAACAAUGUGAAGAGCUUGGCUUCGACUUCGUUCUCAAGAAGACAGGUGCUGGAGACACGGGCGACCUUCCUGAGGGAGAUGGUGUGGAAGCGGCCAUUAUCGAAGCCAACGAUGACCCAGAUGUGGACGGAAUCAUGGUGUAUUACCCUAUAUUCGGACACCAGCAGGACCAUUACCUUCAACAGGCAAGCCCAUCAGUUGUGUCACCAUAUAAGGAUGUCGAAGGCCUACACUUCAAAUUCCACUACAACUUAUAUCACAACAUCCGCUUCAUCGAGCCUCAAUCGUUGUUGACAAGCGGUCUUCCGUCUGGAUCUUCUGCCAGUGUCAAUGGAGAAGACGCUCCUGCUGGAACUGUCAAAAGUAUUAUUCCCUGCACACCACUCGCCAUCGUCAAGUGCCUUGAACAUAUCGGCGUCUACAACAAGAUUCUUCCUUAUGGCGAUCGUGCAUAUGGCCGUACAAUCACUGUUAUCAACCGAUCGGAAGUUGUUGGAAGGCCCUUGGCUGCCCUCCUCGCAAAUGACGGUGCUCGGGUAUUCUCUGUUGACAUUGACUCCAUCCAGGAAUACACCAAACGUCCCAAGACCUCGACGGCACCGCGCUACAACCCCCGUCAUGUAGUUCACCCUUCCAACUUCACCCUUCAAGAAUGCCUUUCCAUGUCCGACGUCGUCAUCUCUGCUGUUCCUUCAGCCGACUACAAAGUCAAGACCGAGUGGCUCAAAGAUGGUUGCAUAUGUGUCAAUGUGGCUGCCGAUAAGAAUUUCGAGGGCGAUGUCAGAGAAAAGGCUUCAAUGUAUAUUCCCGCCGUAGGGAAAGUGACAAUAUUGAUGCUGUUACGAAAUUUGUUGCGUUUGCAGCAAUACCAGUCACCACAUCUAUAG